UGGGUUACCUAGUCAACCAAAAAUAGUUUGCAAAUUUUUUUUUAUAAAUUUGUUGUCAAACCCUUAAUUUCUAAAUUUAAAAUUUGCUGUACUCACUGUAAUGCGGUAUUUGUUAAACAACACACUACACAGAGUCUUACGCGCCAAGAAAAUAACAAAUUAUGAAAGAAGCUUUUCAACGGAUCACGAUGUGACCGAAAAGAAAGGUUUAAUUUUGGGUGUAUAUGAGGGUGAAAAUAACGAACUGAGUUUAACAACGUCCGGAAAGAAAUUUGACGAGCAUUUAUCUGGGAAACUCUUGGAAUAUGUAAAGGGAGCACGAGAGGAAAUUGUUGACCGAAGAUUGAAAGUCUUCAAUAACAUAAACAAAGACUUUUGGUCAAUUGCGGUCGUUAAUGUUGGAAAGGAGAAUGCCGGCUAUAAUCAACUGGAAGUAAUCGAUCAGGGAUUAGAAAACGUAAGGCUCGGUGCGGGGAUUGGUGCGCGAAAGUUAACGCAGCAAGGGGUUAAACGGAUACUGGUGGAGAGUUUUGGAAAGCCGGAGCAAGCGGCGGAAGGUGCGGCGUUGGCGGUUUGGAGGUAUCAGGAGAAUAGAAGCAAAGAACAUUGGAGGGCGAUUCCAUCUUUGGAAUUAUUUGACAGCUCGGAUGCGGACACAUGGCAGAGGGGCCUUUUUAAAGCGGAAUCCCAAAAUUUAGCUCGUCGACUGUGCGAUACGCCUGCAAAUCAAAUGACUCCCUUGCACUUUGCGCAGGAGACCGUUAACGAGUUAUGUCCGUGCGGUAUUAAGGUGGAAGUGCGAGACAAAGAGUGGAUAGAGUCGAAGCGAAUGUUCGGGUUUUUGGCAGUUGCGCGUGGUUCUUGUGAGCCUCCGAUAUUUUUGGAUAUUCAUUAUUGCGGUGGCCCCCCAGAACAGAAACCAAUCCUACUUGUAGGCAAAGGAAUUACGUACGACAGCGGAGGACUGUGCCUGAAACCUUGCGCUAAUAUGUCAACUCAUCGUGCCGAUGUAUGCGGAGCUGCGUGUGUCAUUGCGGCAAUUCGCGCCGCUAAUGCGCUUAGUUUACCUCUUAACAUUAACGCUGUGAUUCCCUUAUGCGAGAAUAUGCCAAGUGGAAUGGCCAUGAAAUGCGGCGACAUAGUGACCGGAUUAAAUGGAAAAACGAUUAAAAUUCAGGCGACCAAUCAGGAAGGUCGUUUGCUUUUGGCAGAUGGAUUAGUAUAUGGUCAGCAAACGCAUAAACCGAGGUUGAUCAUCGACGUUACGUCUAUGACCGAGGGGACCACAAAAUCGCUAGGAUCAGGAGCUACCGCAGUGUUCUGUAACUCUCAAACCAUGUGGGGCCAACUUGAAAAAGCGAGCGUUAUCACCGGUGAUCGAGUUUGGCGAAUGCCUCUGUGGAAGUACUUCACGCACCAAGUCACCAGGUUUCCAUCGCACGAUGUUGAUAACAAAGGUCACGGCGACGGCGCUCCUUGCCUUGCAGCGGCAUUUCUCAAUGAAUUUAUUUCCUGCGUUGAUUGGAUUCACAUGGAUAUAACAGGAGUUGGAAUGAAAUGCGAGGACAAGCUAUUAACUUAUUUAACAAAAGGAAGAAUGACUGGUCGUCCCACAAGGACCCUUAUCCAACUACUAUAUCAACUUGCAUGUCCAUCGUCUGAUUCUAAAGCGUGUUAAAACGAGUGCUCGUUCUGGUACCUAUCGCGUUUGCUACAUUUAAAUUUUUGGAAAUCACAGUGUUUGGCACUUACAAAUUAUUAGUGGGAAUUGCAAUUAUUUAGGGUUCAAGUUUAAUUUGCAAGAAUUCAUGGGGUAUUAGCGACUAAUAAAACUUUGACAGAUUGGUCAUCUGCCGGCUUUAAUUAUUUUUUAAAGCGAUUCCUCUCUUCGUCUUCAUAAUAACUUUUAAAGAUCAUUGUGAAAACUUUUCCAUUACCUACCUACAUACAUUAUCAGUGACUGUAACUGUAAUAUAUGAAUUUUAUAAUAAAAAGUAGUUGGAAUGUAAGAAUACUUACAGACACCUACCCACCUAUA